CUGCAGCUUUUGUUGCUAUUUGCUAUUUGCAAUUUGCAAUUUGCGCGCAGUUUUCGUUGCGCGUUUGCUGCGAGCAGUUGCAGUUGCAAUUGUUGCUGAGCCCCCCCUCUCUCUUCUUCUGUACGCCACCCCACACACAUACGUUUUGUUUUGCCUUUUUUUCGGUCGCCUCACCACCUUACCACCCCCCCACCGCCCCUGAAGCACAGCGUGCCUGGAAUAACUGCAUGUGCGAUUCACCGUUCUAGCGGGCAGCGUGCGAGCGAGACGGAGGCAUGUGCUGGGUGACAAUGGCGCGCAAGGACGAUCCCGUUUUCAAUGUGCGAUUCGUGCAGUUCGUGGAGAAUCAGCCGUGCUUGUGGAACUACACGCAUCCGGGCUACAGCAAGAAGGAGGAGGUGCAGAGGGCGUGGCAGCAGGUGGCCAACGAGAUCAAGGACACGGUUCGCAACUGCCGCGAGAGAUGGCGCACCAUAAGGAGCAGCUUCCUGCGAUCCCUGAAGCUGGCACGCACACAAACGGGCCGCGGCAAGCGCAAAUACUACCUGUCCAAGUACCUGCAGUUCCUUGUACCCUACACCAAGUCCCGAUCCUGCCACAAGCAGCUGCCCGCGCCGCCGCCCACUGGUACUCCCACUCCCGGCAUGGUGCUCCGAAAACCCGGCCAUGCUGCCAGCGGUGGUAUGGCCGCAUUUGCGCAACCAAGUCAGCGAGAGGAUGAGGAGGAGGGCAAGGAGAGCGAUGGCGAAAUGCCGCUGGAUGUGCAGGUGUCCGAGGAGGAGGAGGAUGAGAAUAAUCACGCGCGACGCAAUCAGGCACCGCAGCAGCAGCAUAAUCAGGAUCGGGAUCAGGAACAGGAGCUGGAGCAACCCACCGCCUGCUUGCCGCUCCGCCUGCAAGCCAUCAAAGUGGAGCAGCCCUCGUCGAAUGCCCACCAGCUGCAGCUGGAGCGGAUGGUGAGCCACCAACAUCCAUCGCUGGUCUCGGUGCCCGCUGCCGCGCUGGGCAAUCACCUGGACUGGACGGAUCUGACGCAGUGGUUUAAGGGCAACGGCAGCGCUCACCAUCUGAGUCAUCUGAAUCACAAGUUAGCCACAGCACCAACAACACCACCACCACCGCCACCGCCGCCGGCUACACCAGCCCCAAGUGCCUUAUCCGGCGGAUUGGUGGCCGCACCAGGAGGUGGCAUUCCCGCGCCUCCGGAUGCCGACUACUCGUUUCUGAUCAGCCUGCAUCCGUAUCUCAAGGAGAUGAGCGGCAAGCAGAAUCGAAGGUUUCGACAGAAGGUCGUUGGACUCAUCGACGACAUUCUGGAUAACAAAGAUGUCUAAUUUGCACAUUUAUGUUUGUUUCUUUGAAUAAGGUUUCGAUUUUGAAACAGUUUAACAUCAAAAUUAACAAUGAAAAUAUGCAAUAUGCAAUAUUUUGAUGAUUGUUCGGAAAUAUUUCACAUACCAAAUGCAACAUUAUUUCGCAACAUACAUUUUCACCAAGUUCAGAUUUUAAUCUGGCCAUUAUAUUAUUUGCUAACGUUUAGACAAUGAACUUAGUUUUUAAAUAUUUAUGUUUAAGUUAAGUGAACGUAAAUGAAAUUCAUAUUGUAUGCACUGCAGCUAAAGUGAAACUACAUCGAAAUUUGUAAAGCCCAGUUGAACAGGAUUUAAUCAUCAGUCUUGUGAUAUUUUUCUCGCCGUGUAGGAAAAACACAAAAAUCGAGGACGAAAUGAAGAAAACACACCCAGUUGAUAGAACGCCAACAGUGCCCAUUUAUUAGAUGUGUAGAGCGUACUUUAAUUACGCUUCUUAUUGUUGUUGUUGCUAAGCACACACAAACACGAAUUUGUUAUUGUCAAAUAAAACUUUUAAAAAAUUA